GCAUGUCCAUGAUAGCGGUGAAUUGAUGAGGAUACCCUAAUUUACCAACCUGUCGACGAAGGCAACAUUCCCAACCUCCUCUUUAUUACAUUCCGUCGCCCUCAUUUCCUUGCUUUGCUAGGUAAGCAAAGAACUGACCAAUCUUCGAGAAUUUUUACAUAAUUAAAUUUGUAUCCAUUACUCUCCUAUCAUUUCUCCAGGUGCGGCGUCACAUCAGCGCUCCUAGUAGGGACACAUGUUUUUGGCUUCCCCACUGUCUUCAACCCAUUUCAUGUACCGUUUGUUUUCUAAUUAACUACUCUCUAGGAUCUUCCAUUCCACUCACUAGGAACAAGCAAGAAAAUAGAAGAUGGAAUCUUCUUCUCAAGGGCCACCACCAUCAUCCCAUCAGCAUCAUUGAAGGUAUACUGAUGUUGUCCUCUCUUUGCCCUGUAAUUUUUCCUCUGUUGCUUCAAUGAAUUUUCAUUCUUUUACCGGUCAAACGAAGGGGACAACCUCUGAUGUUGGAGAGGAAGCAAUGCUUUGUUCCUGCCUCUUCUGUGACAGGAAGUUCUUGAGCUCUCAAGCUCUAGGUGGGCACCAGAAUGCCCACAAGGAGGGAAGAGCAGCAAGGAAGGCUCUGACAACUGCUACCAACCUCAAUCUCCUCUCAAACCCAUCAUCCCUCUGCAUUGCUCCUCGUGCAUGCAAAACUCAUCCCACCCCUGAAGCCUUCCCUACUGAUAUUUCUGAGAGGCCUGGUUCAGGUGGGGGUGCUCUGUUCAAUCCCCAAAACUUCUCGACUGGCAUAAUAGAUGGAAGAGGACCCUACUCGGAAGAGUCAUCAAUGGGUAUCGAGACACCAGAUUUGUUGGAAUGGCAAAGGAGCCUUUGUCACCCCCCAGUGUCAACAGAAAACUGCCCACCGAAGGGCCCUUCAAUGACAAAGGUGGAGCCGUCGUGCUUUGAUUUCGAUCUUAAUGUAGCCUGUGGUGCUUCGUCUUCUUCUUCCUCAUCUGAUGGGGAAGAUGUGGCAAAGCUCGAUCUUAAUCUGCGCCUAUAAUUCAAGGCUUUUUGGCUAUAUAUAUAUAUAUAUCCAAAAGUGCAUGGGAAAAAGAGUUCUUGCUGUAUUUGAGCUAAAAUGCCAUUCAUUAUCUCCAUCACUUCUUGGCUAUAAACAUAGGCCUAUGCUUGGAUUGGUUUCUGCCGUUUCCAUUUCUGUGCGUCCAUUCCUUCUACUCUUGCUAGUUAUGUAAUACGGAGAAGGGUGGAAGAAACAUGCAUGUGGUUUUGUUACUUUAUAUGUAGUGUGGUGAUGAUGCUAUCAUAGUAAGUUGAGGGAAAACAUCUAUGAGAUUGUUAAGUCAUCUUUCCCUCGUUUGUCUGGUUUGACUUGAAGGUUUGUUGUCCCCAAGUCGGGAAGAUUUGUUACAAUGAAUUUGGCUGGUUUAUGCUUUUGGACCUAAUACUGAUUUUGGAAAGGGUGACUAUCCAUGCUUUUGGCCAUGGAAAAUAAUAAAAUAUCAUAGAAAAAGAUUUCUUGGGAGAGAAGGAUAUGGAAGAUUAGUUGCCCCAAAUACUCAUGUAGGAUUGGAGGACUGUGCGUUUAGAAUUUGCUUAGUAUGAUUGAGCUUGAGUUUGUGAAACUGCGGCCCAUGGUUUGGUGAUCCAGAUUGUUAUCUGAUUGACCACCCCACAGAAACAUCCUGCAAUGGGAAAUUUCUUCCACUUUUGGCAGCCUCCAAAUGGAUGGUUAAGGAAAAAUUACAGCAGCGGUCCACAUCCAAAGGUAAAAAACAUGAUCAAAUAUUGGAUGAUCAGAACUUUCCAAUCCGGUAGUUUUGGGAGAUGGUCUAUCCACAGAGAGGCUCAUGAGAUCAACCGUCUGUAUUCUCAACUAUGGACUCUAUCUAUAUAGGAUAUUGUGCAGUAUACUAAGGCAGCCUGGGUCUUGUCAUGAUUACCAUUUAUUAUCAUUAUCAUUAUUAUUAUUAGUAGUAGUAUUUUUGGUGUGCAUGUGUGAAAUUAAAAUAAAUAGAAAGGAAACAACUGGACUGACUUGUAUAUUACACACUUCACUAAAAUUCUAGUUAUGAAAAUUUUGUGAUUUAUGAUUUGGAUUUGAUUUCAAUGAGUUAUUAUUAUUAUUAUUAUUAUUAUUAUUUAUAAAUGUUUUCCAUAAAUUGAAAGAGUUAGUAAUUAAAAUAUAACAAAAUGGAAGUAUGUCUUAUAUGGAUGUAAUGCAAAUGGAGUUUUAGACAAAGUGGUUAGGUGGCUUUGUCAUGCACAUUGAAAGAGUGGGUAAGAUUUCUAAUGGUUGGGGAUUUUGAUGUUAGUCGCAAAUGGACCGUAUUGUCGGAUGAGCUCCAGAUGCAGCAACAACCAGAUGAUUAGAACCACCCAACUUACUGAUGGCCACUACAGUGGAUGGAAGGUGUCCAAAAAUCGUACUAAUCUUAUGGUACUGACCACUGAUCGUUGACAAUUCCCCAUUUGAGUGUUGAACAUUGGUUAGUGUCCCUUCCAACUCUGUCGGAAUGACACCAUUAGAUGGUCAGGAUCAUCCAGUGGCUCCCACAGGAUGGAUAAUCCUGCUGUAGUUACAUGAGCAUCCCUUGG